UCCUGUGUGUGUAGUGGGAAAUUCCUCAGGUGCUACAUAAAAGCACUCAGGUUUGGACAUGCAAGCACAACCACAGCAACAGCAUAGCUGAGCGCUUCGACCAGACAACUCUCACUACUACAACUACAACACACCAAAACAAGAUGGCCUCAGAGACGAUAACCCCCGUGAGCCCCAGUUUGCCUCUGGGACUGGGCCUUGAGGUCUCCCAUCACCCCCUGACCAUGAGGCAGGUGGUCAAUCUGGUGGUCGCCGUGGAGAGGUUGAAGGGCAGCCGUACCGAGACGGCCCUCAAAGGAAACUGCAGUGGCGGAAACCUCUUUAGCAUCAUGAUGGACGACCUAGUUGAAGUGAUCCACAUGCCUGAGGCACGAGCUCCGAGGAAUCAGUUCACCCGGACGGGCCAGUACGAGUGCAGCGUGAGCGACACCCAGAAGAAAAGUCUGGUGCUGCUCAGGGAAAGCAUGGAGCUGCAUGCCGUCCUGUUGCAGGGAGGAAACAGUCACCGCAAAGUCCACCUCAACAUGUCCACCUAUGUGCACCCGAACCCCAACGCGGAAGCCCUACCAGUGGCCCUGGGCAUCAAGGGGACCAACCUGUUCCUGUCGUGUUCCCAGGAGGGCAACAAGCCCACGCUGCACUUAGAGCAGGUGGCGGACAGGCAGAGCUUGAUGGGCGUGACCUCGGACAGCGACAUGCUGCGCUUUCUCUUCUACAAGAGCGACUCGGGCGUUAGUCUCAGCACCCUGGCAUCGGUGCGCUACCCCAAAUGGUUCAUCAGCACGGCUGAAGAGGACGACAUGCCCGUGGAGAUGUGCCAGCGCACCGGCAACCGAUAUGUCACCUUCCGCAUCCAGAGGCAGAACUAGUAGAUUUUUUUUUUUACUGGAGAAGAAAGGAGACAUUCAGAAAAA